CAGAUUAGAAAAAUGAAAACAGGAAAGGAAGUAGAAAAGAUAAGUUCGAUUAAAUUUGUUAAUUUUUAGUUUUUCUUUCAUAUCGUAACUCUAAAAUACGUUAGAAACGCGCUUACAGGCUUCACAUUAUUGUAAAUCAUUCAGCAAUCGUAUCUUGCUCUGAAAUGAGGAGCUCAUUGCAAAAGUAGCCCUUGUCACAUGAACCUAUGCAAUCUCCAAAGCUCUCCCUUGAGCGUACCCAGUAUCAUGAAUGUAAACUCUAUAAAGCAAUUCUUCUCAGGGCUACUCAGGGUAGACCAACUUGACGGUCAUUUCAUCAUUACAACAUGAUCUCCGCAGUUGGCAAUAGGUACAAUCGAGUGAAAAGGGUCUAAAAGUUCAUGUGACAAGGGCUACUUUUGCAAUGAGCUCCUCAAAUGAUUACAUUGUCUCACAAAUAUUUCAAACCUCCGCUCAGUAAUCUGCUGGACUGUCACUAGAAUUCUGUAUGAAUAAAAUUCAUAUUCUUCGCUUAUGUUCAGUAUCAUUUUCGCUAUUUGAAAAUGGCAUACGUAAAUGUAGCUGACUGGAAGCCAGAACAAGUUGCAGAAUGGUUGAAAGGCUUAGAUAAUGUAGUUCUGCAAUACAUACGGUUAUUCGUGGAGAAGAACAUAAAUGGACAACAGCUACUCGAUUUGCAACCUAAUGACUUGGAAGAGAUCGGAGUUUAUAAAAUUGGGCAUCAAGAAAUAAUUUUAGAAGCGAUCGAUUUAUUGAAAAAUUUUUAUUAUGAUUUAGAUCGAGAGAAUCUGCAACUGUUGGCCCUCCGGUUAUCCUGUUUAGCCCAUAGUCUUCACAAUGAGCUUUGGAGAAAUCACAUCAACAGUAGCGUAGUAUCCACACAAGUACUUGCUGAUGUAGCUAAUGUAGUUUCCGCUGUAAAACCGCUUGUUUGUUGGCUUGAUAGAUCACCGUUUUGUGACCAAUCUUCGUAUGUCGAUACAAAAACCGAACUGUUGAAAUUGAGUUUAGAAAUGGCCAUGAGCGGAAUGCGAGAUCGUUUUGUCGAUAAACCAAUCGAAUACAUUCGUCAAAGUAGCAAACAACUCGCUGAAUUGGUGGAUAAAAUAAUCCAAAGUAUCGACGAUUCGUUACUUCUACAACCUGCUUCUUUAGACCUCGCUACUUUGAAAAAGCGACCCGGCGAUCAUUUGGGAUUCUACAUUGUGCCAUCAUUUCACGGUAUCCUUCAAGUUGGAGAAUUGAAAUGCAAUAGCGCUGCUCAUCAGAGUGGAAAAAUUGAAACCGGUGACGAAAUAGUACAAAUUAAUUAUCAAACUGUCGUUGGCUGGGAAGUUAAAGAAGUAAUGUCGUUAUUAUUUGAAGAAACUUCGACAGAGAUUUUAAUGACGUUAAAGAAAAGACCCCGUCAUAGUAAAGUUUUCGGUCAAAUUUAUAUCAAGCCAUAUCGAUUACCGUGCAGAAAACAAAUUAAUUAUUCGACCAAAUGGAACGAUCUCUUAUCCCCAUCUAGACCGGAAUUAUUGACCGUUCCGCCUCAUUUUGGAUUGCAGUUCAAAAUUCUUAAUUCCAAACCAAUUGCAAAUACUGUUGAAACUCAAGUUGCUGAUCGAGUGUCGCCCCCUUCUCCGACACCGAGUACGGUAUCUAGCAGUAGUAGUCAAAGUAGUGAAAGUGAACUGAUGGUUGGACCUUCAUCGCCUAACAGCGUACGUCUUUAUUUACCGAAACCGCGCAUACCCGUUCAACGUCGAGCCACUAUUACCGGAGCAAGUCCAGUCAGCAAACAAGCACCUCUUAGCUUGGAACAGUUUUGGCACGAGUUGAAAUUAGAAAAAGAAUGGCGAAGCAAUAGCGACGAAAAAGCUUGCGAGAAAGCUAACAGUGAAACUCAUCUGAGGAGAUCCCCUCCUGCGGCUCAUUGCUCGUUAACCUGGUCAGCUCGAUUAUGCGAACAAAUGGAUUCGUCUGUCAGCGACUCGUCUUCUUCAGAAAAAACUCCAAAACCCGACAAAGAAAACGCAGACGGUAACAGCUUCAUUCCGCUCAAACAACGUAUCGAUUCCCUGAACAAAGCAAUCGAGCAAACUAGUCAGAAUGCCAAAAAACCCAAACUGUUUCCCAAGCCUAUUUUAUCCAACGCUCAAAAUACCGUAGCUAAAAUGGAAAGCUCGAGUAAACCUUCAUCUCCAUUGCGAAGCAAUAUGGCUAAGAAAAACGACCGUAGUCCUAGACGAGAACGUGGUAAAUUGGAUAAAAGCUACAGUACUCCUUCGUACGAUUAUUCGGCUGACUCCAAAGAACCAUUGACGUUCAAUAUGAAGUUACCAGAGGAGAAAGUGAAAUCGGCCCCGGAUAAUAUAACUUCGGAAUCUGAUUCAUUGAGCGAAUUUAAAAAGUCCUUGGACAUGAAACCGUUCACCAAGCCAAUUAAACAAGAUUCGCUUGAAAUAGAAUCCGAGCAAAACGAGUACCUGGAAAUCAGAAGCGAUGGUGUUGUCGAGCCAGAAUUGACCGAGUCUUCCGCGUCGUUACCUUCAGAACAAGAAUUAUCUUCGAAUAAAAAUAAAAUACUGGAUACGAUUGAUUCGUCAUUGAUGAUUAUGGAUAGUGAAUCUGAAGCUAAUUCGCUGAGUGAAGAAUCUCCCAAAUUGCGUCCUCCUUUAGAAAGAAGUAUUCCUGUCCAAGAAAUACGCCCCGAAUCGAAUAUCUUUGACAGAGAACCCAAAAACGAGCUGAAUGAUUUACCUCAUGAUGGAAUUCCUAAACAGAUCAUCAACAGUCCCAUAUCACCGACGGAGAAAUUAGUCAUCCAUACUACAAUCGACGUACCGGCUACGUUUCCUCGUCAUAAAAUCGAUAAGAAACCCAUUUCUCCGCCGGAACCGCCCCCUAGGCCUUUAAAAAAUGCAGCCAGCCAUUCGAAAGCUAAUCAGAAAGCCGUCAGUGUUACCAAAUCAGCUUCGAGAAAUAUUUCUCAUAAGAGUCCUAAGGUGCCGAGGAAGAAAAAUCCUCUUUUAGCGAAAAGACGCAACGUCAGUGUUAAAGAACUGGGAACUUGUGAUCAUGAAGGAACACUUUACCAUCGGGCUCGUAAAAACAACAGAGAAUCUCCUCACUGGAUUAAGGGAUGGUUCAUUAUCAAAGGGACUAUUUUUUACGGGUUCAAUUCUCGAGAUGCUUCACACGCCCGAUUAAUGAUUUCUCUUCCGGGAUUUACUGUUUCGCCUGCAGAGGAAGUCAAAUCUAAAAAUUUUGCUUUCAAAGUAUACCACACAGGAACUACUUUUUACUUCGCUGCUGAAUCAGGAGAAGAUCUGGCUGGUUGGGUAGACUCUUUUUCUAAAGUUACCGUUUCUGAAGAAGAACAGACUAUCGUCAUGAGUGAAACUGACGGCGAAGAAGAUGAAAGUCCAACGAUCACCACGAAAAAAGAUAAAAGUGGUCAUGAACAUGGUCCUCAUGUCGCCGCCAAGAAAAUAUUCUCCGUUAUUUCCGGCCACUUGAGUCAUACUCAAGAUAACAAAGGAGAUAAAAAAUUCAAUUCGUUGAAAAAACCUUCCCGUAAACUGGCCAAAGAAGAAAGUAGCGAUGGCAAUCAUGUGUCCAGUUUGGAUCGUAAAUAUCGUAAACUAUUUCCCGUGGGAAGUAAACAGAGCAUCGUUGCUGUUCCAACCGCUCAGUUCAGGAGUUACCGCAGAAUACCUCCGAUGGAGAAACCUCCUGCUCAAUUACCCGAACCUAGUUUGUCAUUGGAUUCCAAUCGACCCGAAUCGUUAACUUGUACCGCUCCUAUGCCAUCUGCUAGUCCAACAAGACCUCCGGAUAUGGCUGAUUAUAGAUUAGCGUCGUUAGCCAAGUGUAAUGCAAAUAAUCAAAGAACACCAGAGGCUUCUCAACCUGGUGGCUCUAUGACUCUGGAAUCCUUCAUGCUGAGUCGACAGGAAGAAGAGAGGAGACAACAACAACAGCACCAACAGCAACAACCACAUCCUCCUCAUGCAACGAACAUUUUACGGGUACCCCAGUGCCAUGCUCCCCCACCUCCCACACCCAUAGCCAGCCACAGUGCUGCUGUUGCUACUGGUCAUGAGCAUCCAUUUCUACCUCCUUCUCGAUCAAGAUCUGAAUUCUCUAGUCACUAUAACAUAUCUUUUGAAAAUCCAUCUUCGACGGAUUUUCGCUCUAAAUUUCUCAAAAAACCUGCUCAGUAUCAACCACCUCCAUGGGAAACCUCUAAUAACAAUCACAAUGAAGAAUCUUCUCGUCUACAACCUGCGUUUGAAAUGACGUUGGAUCGUAACUGCCCCGCGACUAAUACCGUUAACGUGAAACAAAAGAAAACUGAAGAAACAUCCAGUUCAACUCUCCGUUUCAAGAGUUUAUUUGGUAGCAGCAAAAGCGACGGACAGAAGACUAAUUUGAUAAGUUCACCACGUCUUCGAAGAGUUCUGUUUCGAGAUAAAAAAUCGCAUACCACUUUUCCACCCAACCCUGCUACAUCACAAAAUCCCAGUUCAUUGUUGGAACAUACUGCAUCAAAUAAUGCGCCAAUUGCAACGACAUCUCAUUCUCUUGAACCGUCUGUAUCCAGCACACCCGAAUACCCCGGUCUGGAAUACCCUCCAGUUUUCGAACCAGGAACAUACAGCUUAUCAGAUGUGCUUCGUAAUCGUCGUAUGAGAACGCUGGAACGUUCCGAAUUAGAAACUUUACGACAAGGAGAACCUUUCGGAGAAGAUGCUUCUUCUACUCAAGUGCCAUUUUCUAACGUGCUCCACACCGAUAACGAGAACAAUAAUUUCAAUUUCGCUAACCGUAGAGAGGAUAGAAAUAACGACGAGUUUUUCCGUUCGAAUAAUUUCAAACGUUUCUAACGACUGGUCGGUGGUUGAUACGAAAAUUCAAUCUCAAUUUUCGUGAUCUUUCAUUUUCUAUGUAUUUUAUAUUACUUGUUUUACCCUUUUUAACAUAAAUUUUAUCGUAUGUAGCUCGUAAUAGUCAUUUUGAAUAAUUAUUCGAGAAUUUCGAUUUACUAUUUUUGUCUUAUUUUCUUUCUUUAGUAUUGAAUGUUGUUAAUUUUUAUAUCGACAGAUUUGUUAUUCGUUCACUUUUUAUACUCAUUUUAUUCAUUUUUUUCUUCCCAGGUAAUUUUUAAUUUUUUCUAUACAAAAGUUGUGCAAUAUCCGUAGUAUUUUCUAUUUCUCUGUUGUGAAUUAUAUUAUAUAUUUUAUUU